UCGGGCAAUGGAAAUUAUUAUUGGAUAAAUUACUACUGCCAUUAUCUAUACAGAAACUUCCUUUUAAUAAUUUUCACGAUAAAUGUAUUAUUUUAAAUUAUUUAAGAAUAAUUUGUCAGAUAUAUAAAUGUUGUACUUGUUGUACAGAAAAGAAUGACAACUCAGAUACUCAGAUUGCAAUUGGAUUCGUCUCAAUAUGAUGUUUUUCAAGGUUCAAGUUGACAACUGUGUUUUUAUCAUGCUUGCAGAUCUUGAUGAAUCACCCAUAUUUCAUUCUGUGUCUGUGGCAGAAUAUAUUACUGAAGAGGAGAGACAAACAUCUGCAAGGGCUGACCACACGAAGACCCAACGACCCAAUGACCCAACGAAGAGUGAGCUUAAAGAAACACUGGAGGUUCUGCUACGAAAAGUAGACAGCCUGGCAGCCACCCAGAGAGAAAUACUCAUCCUACUGAGGAAACGCCAGGGUCAUCAGAGAGCGGAAGACAUCCUGGAGCUCAAUAUUGCUCAAAACAAAGAGGAGCUUGAGGCCCUUGACCACCGUCUUAAAGACUUGGAUUUCAGAAAGAGACUGAUUCACCAUCUCAGCCUUAUUGGUGGGGCAAAUCCAGGGGAUUGUGUGAGGAGAGUGAUGCGGGCAGUAGCAACAAACAUCGUGUGGAGCCACUUCAGUUUGAAGGGGAAAAGGGAGAAAUUGCCUCUGAUUGACACAACUCUGUGUAAAGUCAUCAAACAUGCUGUUAUGAAAUGCAAGUCUGAUCUGGGAGAGAAGGACGUAGAAUGCUACAUUGCAGAGACACUGAAACAUGUGCCAGCCCAACUGAAAAAACAUGUUCAG